AUGCCUGCGAUCACGUCGGGUAAAGUGCUCGUCACUGGUGCGAAUGGCUAUAUCGCCCAGUGGCUAGUGCGCAAGCUCCUCGAACAAGGCUACGCCGUGCGGGGCACCGUGCGCUCAGAGAGCAAGGCCCAGCAGCUCCGCGAGACAUUCGCGUCGCACGACAAGCUCGAGACGAUGGUCAUCGAGGACAUCACCAAGGAACACGCCUUCGACGAAGCAGUCAGGGACGUCGAUGCCAUUGCGCAUCUCGCCUCGCCGAACAUCGUAGGCGUGGACGAUCCCGAGGAGCUCAUCGCGCCAGCUGUGCGCGGCACCACACGCGUGCUCGAGUCCGCCCUCGCCUACGGCGCGUCUGUCAAGCGCAUCGUCCUUACCUCAUCCUGCGCCGCGAUCCGCGAGUUCCGAGACCUCCCGCGCACGUUCACCGAGGACGACUGGAACGAAGCAUCCCUCGCGGAGGUGCGCACGCACGGCCGCGCUGCGUCGAUCACAGACAAGUACUGCACGAGCAAGGUCCUCGCAGAGCGCGCGGCUUGGGAGUUCGUGGAAAGGCAGAAACGUGAGGGCGGGAUCGGCUGGGACCUCGUCUCGAUCUGCCCAUCGUACGUUUUCGGGCCGCCGAUGCUGCCCGCGAGCUCUCCCGCAGAGAUGGCGAACAGCUUGCGAGAGUGGUACGAGGCUGUGAUCGUCAAGGCCAGAGACCAGAUUGAGGUGCGAUCGGACGGGAUGGUCGUCGAAAUGUGUUGGGUUGAUGUGCGAGAUGUUGCGGAGGCACACGUGCUUGCAUUCCAGAAGGAAGAUGCGGGUGGACAGCGAAUCAUCGCGUCUGAGGGAUCCUGGAAGUGGCAGGACUUCGUCAAAGCCGCUCAUGAAGCUGACGGAAGCCUACCCGGAGGAGAUGCCACGUACCGGCCUGCUAGUGCGAAGCAUAACUUCGUGUUCGAUGCUUCCAAGUCGACGAGGGUUCUCGGACUCAAAUAUCGUACGAAGCAGGAGAGCACCCGCGACAUGAUCUACGCGUUCAAGACACAGGGUUUAUUGUAG